GUAAUAUGGUGUAUGUCAGUGUUAUGGUUCCCCUAGGAAACAUGAUCUAAUUAACUAAGUUCCUGUAAGCCUAAAACUUAAAAUUUGUUUGUAAAACUCUAACCCUAAAACACCGACCUCUCUCAAUUGCCCAAAGGUGCCCUUAAUGUCUUUGUUUUUCCCCUCAGGACCUUCUUAUUAUCCAACUAGCGACAUGAGCAGGAAACUUUAAACAGCGUGAUCCAGCUUUCACAGUGUUCUCCUGCUUGGUACAAGUAAUCGCGUUGCUUGUAACAGUACAGAAACUACGCGUUUUAGGCAGUCGACAGGAAAGAUAAUUACUUUCCACUGUACUUUGGUUCUGAAUUAAACCUAAAGGGCAAGCUGAGCCUGACCUAAAGCUUCAGUUCACCGUGGCUUGAGUUCUUUUAAUGAGUAACUUUUAAGACAAAAUAUUUCCAUUUAUUUUCUACAGAGAGAAAUCCAAGUUGAAACAUAAAACUGCAACAAAGGGGUGUAGGACUGGGCUUUGCCACCCUUAAAAGCAGUGCCUGUCGGUGGUUGUGGGUGGGAGAAUUGUCAGCUUGCUUGUGACUGAGUCAUCGUGUCCUUUCUGUUAUUUGGAAAUGGGAACCCUGGACAUGUCCCAUAUUGCUGGAUGGUGUGGUUUCAACUUUCUGUUGGUGCUGUCUCUCUCCCUUAGCCCACAAGUAUUUCUCGAGUAGCACCAGCUACACACCAAUGGUCAAGAUGCCAAAUUUCUUGGAGGACACUCCUGCUCUUGUGGGGCUUCCAGGGCUAACCUGAUUGCGCCAAGCUUACUGGAGAAGCAGUUGAAAUGUCAGCAGAUGUUGGAGACAUACCUCACUAAAUAAUAGCCUGCAUUUAAGUUUCAGACUUCAUAUCCAUCAGAAAAUGGAUGCUAUCAGAAAUCUUGUAUUCUAACAACUUUCUAAGUUCAUAAGAGCAAUAUUUAAAAUAUGUCCCUAUUUUUUGGCCCUUGCCCACCUACCCCCAUUGUUUUAGGCUUUAUCCAGAUUUCUUGCAAUAAAAGGUUGAGAGCUAUGGUUGGAGAAUGGGCUGGCUGCACGUGGCUGAGGUUGUGACGAAUGCUUGAUGUAGUGCAAGGGCACCACUGCUGAGGACAUGGUUCUGUGACCCUCUGUACCGUAAUUUAAUUUCCAUGAAUGUAAGCAUGUGGACUGCAGAUGAGAUUGCCAUUCUUUGUUAUAACCACUUCUCCAUUAAAUUACCAAAGAAAGGAAUGGUCAAUCCCAAGCGAGAAUGGACAUUGCUGGCAGCUGUAGUCAAGGUGGAAGUCCUGAGGGAGUUGGAACCUAAGCUUGGCCAAAAUAGCAAAGAUGUAACAAAGGAAGUUGUUGCUAUGGGAACUGGAACAAAAUGCAUAGGACAGGCCAUGAUGAGUAAAAGUGGGAACAUCCUGAAUGAUAGCCAUGCUGAGGUUGUAGCUCAAAGAAGUUUUCACAGAUAUCUGUACAGCCAGCUUUUGUUUGCAGUGCAAGGGCAGAGCAGUAUAUUUGUGCCAGGAGUAACAGCUGGCAAGUGGAUGCUGAAGCCUGGAAUCUCCUUUGUAUUUUUCACAAGCCAAACUCCAUGUGGUGAUGCCUCAAUAAUUCCAAAGAAAGUUCCAGAAGAGCAGCUUCAUCUACCAUUUACAGAGGAUGACAUGGUCCUUCAAGAGCCUUGGUGGAAUCAAGACAAAAUGUAUGACUCUGUAUACAAGCCACAGAGAAAAGAGAAGAGGAAGAAUGAGAGUUUGGAGGAUGAGACAAAUGAAUGUUAUAAAAAAAGACUAAAAGAUAAAAGUGGAGACAUUUUUUUGAGACUUGCAACUGAUUUUGGAGCAGAUGAAGUGAUUCCCGAGAAUGAGAGUCCCAGAAGCAGAUGUGAAAAUGUUAGCAAAAAGGAUUCUGUGUUGGUGGCAAAGCAAGGCGAAGGUGGAUUUUCAGCCCCAGCAGGUUCAGAAUAUUGUGUUAAUGCAAGGACAAGAGAGACGGCGGAUGCUAGAGUGAUAGAUGUGCACAGAACUGGAGCAAAAGUCACACCAGGUGGGCCUCAGGACACCCAUGGCUUGGGAGCUGAUUAUCACUGUGUGGGAUUACUGCGUGUGAAGCCAGGCAGGGGAGAUCGGACUCUGUCUAUGUCUUGUAGUGACAAGAUGGCACGCUGGAAUGUUCUCGGAUGUCAGGGUGCACUUCUCAUGCAUUUCCUGCAAGAGCCAUUGUACUUGUGUGCAGUAGUCAUUGGAGAGUGUCCUUAUAGUGAAGAAGCAAUGAGAAGAGCUCUCAUAGACAGGUGCCGCAUGGUCUGUCAUCUCCCAGGUGGUUUCAGAGUGCAUGAAGUACAGCUUCUGCAAGCAACAUUAGAGUUUGAAAUCAGCCGUAAUAUGGCUCAGCAAAAACAUGAUCCAAGCCUGGGCAGGCUAGUUUCCUCUGGAACAGCUAUCAGUUGGAGUGCAGUUCCAGAUCAGCCACUAGAUGUCACUGCAAAUGGUUAUAAGCAGGGAAUAACAAAGAAGAAGCUGGAAACACCACAAGCCAGGUCCAAGAUUUGCAAAGCAGAACUUUUCAUCAUGUUCAAGCAACUGAUAGAAAGAACACCCAAAGAACAGCUUCCAGAAUCCCUCAGGAAUAAUGACUUGAAAACAUAUUUGGACUUCAAGGAAGCUGCAGCAGCCUAUCAGGAAGCUUGGACAGAGCUGCGAAAACAGGCUUUUAGCACAUGGGUUAGAAGUCCGAGAGAGUACUUGCAGUUUGAAUAGAUGUUGUAAUAUCAGCAUCUCCAUUUUCGAUUCUGGAUGUAAUAUUAAAGAUUAACAAGCUGAAAUGGAACCAGUACUAGGAGAUGCUUUGCAUGUUUUAUGAUGUGUUACAUUGCAGAAUGUAUAACUCUUGUCUGACUGUUAGACUCUGUUAUGGACUUAAGAAUAUUAAUGAUGCGUUCUGGAAGUCUUUUGGCUUUGAGAAAAAAACUUUGCUAUAGUUAGAGACCUCAGAUUCAGAAAAAAUGGGUGCAGUACUUAAAACCUGUUCUGUGUAUGAAUUUGCUGUCAGAGAAAUAUAGGUCCCCUUACAUUCACUACUACAGUGUUCUUAACUGAUGGGAUUCCCUG